AUGGGGCCCAAGAAGAAGUCCGAGGCCCGCGGAGGCCCCAAGCCCGGGACGAAGCAGGCCAAAGCUGCCGCAGAGAAAUCGGCCGAAAAUGCGAAGAAAGCGCAGACCGCGACGACAGACGAGCCCAAGAAACCGUCUGUGAAAGAGGUCAUUGGGGGCGCCUCAUGGACCGGCAAACUGCCCGUCAACAUGCUAUCGGAGCAUUGCCAGAAGCAGAAAUGGGAGAAGCCUGAAUAUACUAUGACGAGAACAUCGGAGGGGUAUGUAUCCUCAGUUAUACUGAAACGUGUCGAUCCCAAGACUCGAGAGACGGUUGUACUUCCUCCCAUGAAACCGCCGCCAUCACACAAGCAUCUGUCGGCUCAACCCACGGCGCUGGAGGCUCGCCAUUUUGCCGCUGCGUACGCUCUGUAUCGAGUGUGCAACAUGAAGAACCUGCAUAUGAUGCUUCCGCCGACGUAUAAAAAGCUGUGGAAGGAGGACUUCACGGACAUCAAGAGUGCAGAUAGCAGGGAAGGGAAAGGAUGGAUGUACGAGGCAGAUCCGUUCUUGGCUAAGCAGGAACGCGAAAUUGCCGCUGCAGACAUGGAGAAGAAGCGAAAAGAGCGAGAGAAGGCGGCGCAGUCGAACGAGAAAGAUGUCACUGUUGACCUGGGCCUGGGCCCGAGUAACCAGAACAAAGGGAAGAGGAUCUGGUCACAGGCUCCAAAGGUCGAUAUGGGAAAUAAAGUUCGUCGCGAAAUUGAGAACCUAUUACGGCAGCAUACAAUCUGGAAUCCCUAUAAUGUGCAGAUACCGGACUCCGAGCGCAACGCUAUCAUCGAAGAGUUUGUCGGAUUGGGUUUCCGUCGGAGCCAUAUGGAAGAGGCUACUGCUGCCUGCAAAGAUCGCGAAGAGGUCCUGGAAUGGCUUCUGAUAUAUGUCCCGGAGGAUGAUCUCCCACGGUGGUGUCUACCUGAGAGGUAUUCCGCCGGCGUUACUCUGGCUAGUGAUGACCUUGCUAGGGAGGCUAAGAUCAAGCGGCUGUCCUCCAUCGGCUAUCCAACUGAUCUGUGCACACAGACUCUGGACAGUAAGCGCGGGGAUGAACUCGCGACUGCAGAGUUCCUACAGAGCAUCUUAGUGCAUGGAGAAAGCUUUCCUGUGGAGUCGGUGUCUGUUGAAGACGACGAUUCCUGGUCGGAGGAGCAGGAUACUUUGGAAGCCAUUUUUGGAGAGCGCUACACCCGCGUAUCAUCCAAAGUCUGCGAGAUCAAAAGCGAGGCGCCGAAUCUGCCUGAGUCUCUAUCUUUCAGAUUCCAAAGACCAUCUGGAGCAUAUCCAUCAUGCGUGCCCGUAAUUGCAAUUCUGGCAAACGGCAUCCCAGCUUAUAUACGACUUAGCGCGAUACGACAAGCUGUGCAAUAUGCGGAACAAAAUUUCUUGGGAGAGCCGAUGAUUUUUAACAUUAUCGACUGGCUCGAAUCUCAUCUACUGGGUAUCAUAGAGAAUCCCGGCAAACUGCGAGAUAUCUCAACAGUGACAGCAUCUCCUUCCACUGCCGGGUCCCUGUCCGGACUUCCCACCCGGCAAUCGCGCAAACAGCGCAAGAACAUCGAUUGGCGACCAGACUCUCCCCAAAGUAUCUCCAUUCAAGAAGCUUGGAGGGCCAGACAGUCAACUUUAGCGCAACAGGAAAUGAUUCGAAAGCGCGAGUCGCUCCCCGCGUGGAGGACUCAGGAUGCUAUCGUCCGUGCUGUGGGCGAGCAUCAAGUCACAAUCAUUUCAGGUGAAACGGGAAGCGGCAAGAGUACUCAGUCAGUGCAGUUCUUGCUGGAUGACAUGAUUGAACGAGGUCUUGGUGCCCUCGCCAACAUCAUUUGCACACAACCACGGAGAAUCUCAGCGUUGGGUCUGGCAGACCGAGUCAGCGAUGAGCGUUGCUCAUCCGUUGGCAAAGAGGUCGGCUACGUCAUUCGAGGAGACUCAAAGAUGAAACCUGGUGAGACCAAGAUCACCUUCGUGACUACUGGUGUGCUACUUCGUCGUUUGCAGUCUGGCAGUGGCCCGGAUGGGGACGUCGCCAGUUCCCUCUCCGAUGUCACUCAUGUGGUUGUGGAUGAAGUUCACGAACGGAGUCUUGACACGGAUUUCCUUCUUGCCCUGCUGAGAGAUGUGCUGCGUUACCGAAAGGAUAUCAAGGUGAUCCUGAUGAGCGCUACCCUGGAUGCAGAUAUCUUUGUAAGAUACUUUGGAGGCCGCGAAAAGGUUGGUUUAGUAAACAUCCCUGGGCGAACCUUCCCAGUCAAUGACUAUUACCUGGACGAUGUCAUUCGGGAUACCGGAUUUUCCCCAGAAUUAACGGAAAGGGGCUUUGAGGAAGACACGAUCUCUUCUUCCCAGUCGGAUGAACCCUUGGGCAGGCUCCUUCGCAGCUUGGGCAUGGGCAUCAACUACGAACUGAUCGCCUCUACUGUCCGGUACAUUGACUCUCAGUUGGGGGAUCAGCCAGGGGGCAUAUUGAUCUUCUUACCUGGUACCAUGGAAAUUGACAGGUGCCUCAAUGCUGUGCGGAAGAUACCCAACGUCCAUCCACUUCCACUACAUGCAUCCCUCCUUCCCCCAGAGCAGCGACGCGUCUUCCUCAGCCCUCCAAGGGGGAAGAGAAAGGUGAUUGCGGCCACCAACGUCGCCGAGACCUCGAUCACCAUUGAAGACGUGGUCGCUGUCAUUGACACGGGGCGUGUCAAGGAAACUAGCUACGACCCGAAAGACAAUAUGGUGCGGCUUCAGGAGGUAUGGGCAUCACAGGCAGCAUGCAAGCAACGACGGGGUCGAGCUGGUCGUGUGAGGGCAGGGUCCUGCUACAAACUCUACACACGCAAAGCCGAGGCGAGCAUGCCUCAGCGACCCGAUCCCGAAAUCCGCCGCGUACCUCUAGAGCAACUGUGUCUGUCGGUCAAAGCCAUGAAGGGCAUCAACGACGUGGCGACAUUCCUAGCGAACACCAUCACUCCACCCGAGAACGUGGCUGUUGAAGGGGCACUGAACUUCCUGCAUCGUGUGGGCGCCCUGGAUCAUGACAGGCUGACAGCGCUGGGACGGUACCUGUCCAUGAUCCCCGCCGACCUGCGGUGCGCAAAACUCAUGGUCUACGGCUCCAUCUUCGGGUGCAUUGACGCCUGCGUCACCAUCUCCGCGAUCCUGACGGUGAAAAGCCCCUUUAUAUCCCCGCGCGACAAGCGCGACGAGGCCGAUGCCGCCAAAGCAUCCUUCUCCAAGGGCGACGGCGACCUCCUCACCGACCUCGCCGCGUACCAGCAAUGGUCCGAUCGCGCAAAAGCAGAGGGCUACUGGCAGACACAGUCCUGGUGUUCUGCUAAUUUCCUCUCCCACCAGACCCUCCGCGACAUCUCCUCGAACCGCGCCCAGUUCCUCACCUCGCUCAAAGACGCCGGCAUCCUCCCCGUUGACUACACCGGCCCAGACUUCUCCGCCCCUACCACAACGGCCACAGACAGCCCCUGGAAUCGCAACAACGGCAACCGGAACCUCCUCCGCGCCAUCAUCGCCGGCGCCUUCCAGCCCCAGGUCGCGCAGAUCUCCUUCCCAGACAAGAAAUUCGCCAGCUCCAUCACCGGCACCGUCGAGAUCGACCCGGACGCCCGCACAAUCAAGUACUUCAACCAGGAGAACGGCCGCGUCUUCAUCCAUCCCAGCUCCCUCCUCUUCUCUGCACAGGCCUACUCGGGCUCCGCCGCGUAUCUCAGCUACUUCACCAAAAUGGCCACCAGCAAAGUCUUCAUCCGCGACUUGACCCCCUUCAACCCCUUCUCCCUCCUCCUUUUCUGCGGGUCCAUCAAUCUCGAUACCAUGGGCCGCGGCCUGAUCGUCGACGGCUGGCUGCGGCUACGCGGCUGGGCCCGCAUCGGUGUCCUGGUGUCCCGGCUGCGUCUCAUGCUCGAUGAGAUCAUCGCGGCGCGCAUCGAUAACCCUGGCUUCAGCCCGGUGGCGGAUGACCUUGGUGACAAGGUGAUUGCGGUUGUGAAGAGGUUGAUAGAGUUCAAUGGGUUGGAUCAGUAG